GAAGCAGCCAAGACACAGGCAGUCCCUGCUGCUGAAAGCCUGGGUGAAGAAAAGGUCUCUCAAUGGUCCUCCGAAUCCCUCUGCGCAGAAGUGCCAGCUUCACGCCAGAUCACCAACCUGGGGUGGAAGUGCCUACUUCCACCCCACUGAAAAUGGAAGCAAACGUGGUGGUCCUUGGUGGAGACAGUGUGGGGAAAUCAGCUUUGACAGUACGCUUUCUCACCAGGCGAUUCAUCGGUGAAUAUGGAGACAUGGAGUUUGUCUACACGCAUACGUUGGCCUUGGAAGGCAAGGAAAUCCUUUUCCACAUCUGGGACUUUCCUUGCUCACAGGUGCGAGCGGAUGAGAGCUCUUCCGAGGACAAGAGAAUUCAGUGGGCUGAUGCCUUCGUCUUGGUCUACAGCAUCUGCGACCGAGCUAGCUUUAACAGCCUGCAGCCCAAAGUCCAGGGCAUCAAGGCAGCCAAAGAGGGCACAAACCAGGACAAGGUGCCCAUUGUCAUCGUGGGCAACAAGAGAGACCUUCACCACCGGCGGGCUGUCUCGAGCGAGGAGGGGCGCCUCUUGGCACUCUCGAUGGACUGUGAGUUCUACGAGGUGUCUGCUGCGGAAGCCUAUCACGGAGCCCUCAUGGUCUUCCAUGGCCUGGCAGAACGCAUCUGUGAGUCGAAGCUGGCACUGAAGAAGGGAAUGGGCAUCCGCAGCAUUGUCAAGAGCGUGUCUGCUGUGUUUGCCCGGAAGAGAACAGACUCGAUGUGACCUGUUGAUGCAAGUUGCUUCUGGAAACUUCGUGGCAACUGGCCACCAUCCCUCGUCCUCAUCGAGAAAAGCCGAGCAUGAUAAGUCUCCUGUAUAAAGUGAUAACCCUACCUGCCAAGCUGCAUCCGAGACAGAGUUCAAACCAUUAGACAAUGCAGGUGGUAGCAGGGGGUGGGGAGAGGGCAGAAUUCAAGAGGUCUCAGCCUACCCUCAAGAGGGAAAAUGCAUAUUCCACAUACAUGCCCCACUCCAGAAUCUUGGAAGAACAGAAUUUGGAGCAGGGAGGGGAGUAGCGUCUUGUGCAAGGUAACUUUUCAUGGCUGAACAGGCAGUCUGGGCUUGGGAUGCCCUUUGGCAUCCCAAGCCCAACACCCUAGCUGUUGUAGCACUUUCAUGCUUGUGUGGGACUCUCUGUCUGUCUAGAUAGAGAGGCAGUGUAGUGUAGUUGUUGCAUCUGGGAGACCCAGAUUUGAAACCCCACUCUGCCAUGGAGUCUCACUGGGUGACCUUGGCCACUCACACACUCAGCCUAACCUACCUCACAGGGUUAUUGCAAGGAUAAAAUUGAGGAGAGAAUGAUGGAAGUGGCUUUAGGUCCCUGUUGGGGAGAAUGGCAAGGUAUAAAGGAAAUAAGCAAAUAAAUAGAUUUGGGCAGACACCCUGAAUUUCAGCCCAUGCGAACACGUCGCCCUUUCAAAUCAGGGAUUGCAAACUAAAAUGAAUGUGAUCAAACAGCCUUGUCCUGGAUCAGUGUCCCUCCAGGAGUUUACUCCAGCUCUUUACCAGAUACCAUUUCACUAGAGUUUCCAGGGUUUGAACCUGCAAUGUUAUUCAUGCAAAGCAUGUUCUUUCACCAUCCUUGCACAAUUGCCUAAGCCCGCUGGAGAGGCCUAUGAAGAAGCAUACUCCGAAGCAGGACUACUUAGAAUUAAACCCUCCCAGAAAAGUGUCCUUAGGAUUGCCGCCCGCUUCUAGUUCAGGUAGAACUAAAAAAAUUGUGCAGUACAAUCUUGGCCUCAGCCUGUAAAGUCUGGUGUCCGUCCCUCCCUGGUAUUAGCAGCUUGGAGGAAACAUAUCUUCAGCUCCGUCUCUCUCCGCCGAGAUACAAGGAUCUUUGCCAGAUUUUCCUUCAGCCUCCAGUUCUGUCUCACACUUAUGUUACCAAGCGGUAGCAAUGCAAGUAGGUGCCUAGAACUCUGUGUCCCAAGCAGCCUCUCCUUCCUCUUGAUCUGUUCCCUGACAGCACGUGGCUGCUGUUGUUGAGUGCUGUACUUGCACACGUCUGUGCAGAUAGACAUGGCUUUCUUCCAGGGCUCGUGUGGGUGUGGCAGAUCUUAAAUAAUCUGGCCCCGGGUGGAUGCUUCAUCUGCUGGAAAAUUAGCCCCUGGGACUUGACAGUUGGUGAAGUUGGCAGGCAGUAGGGACUGACUCGUCAGAGCAUGAGGAGGAAGCAAGAUUUCCUGCUCUCUUAUCCUAGAUGCAAAGGGCUGCUGAUGGUUAUUUGGUGGAGACCGAAAGGCACUUUGCACAUGCUCAAAGCAUGCCUCUCCAGCCAAUCUGUAGCUGCAAUGGAAACAAUUUCCCAAUCAACUCAGAACCCAAUAUCAGCUCUGGAAAAAAGACUAAGAGUCUUUUUUCCAACAUGCUAGAGUCAGAGUGUGGUGUAGUGGUUAGAGUGUCUUACUAGCAGCUUGGAGAUCCAUGUUUGAACCUCCCACUCUACUGUGGAAGCUGGCUCGGAGGCCUUGGGCCCAGUCACACACUCUCAGGCUAGCUUACCUCACAGUUUUGUUGUGAGGAGAAAAGACGCAAGCGGCUUUGGAUCCCCACUGGGGAUAAAAGUGGGGUAUAAAUGAAGUGCGUAAAAUAGAGAACAAUCACUCGAAUGCAUAUUUUCUGCUUAUUCCAGCUGAGAAAGUGAUGGUGUCGUAUUAAAUAAAACCCACAAGGAUUUCCUAGUUGGAUUAAACUACAAGUACAUGGUCACUUUUGCCAAAGAAAAUCCAUAUUUAAGAUAGGCUGGAGACAACCAUCCCUUGUGAGUUUACUCCUAGCAUAACCAGAGGCAUGUUGUUUCUGCUCACGGAUGUACUAUGCUGAUUUACCUGUGGGGAAUAGGUUGGUUGGAUUCAAGGUUGUGCUUUCCUACCUGGGAAGGAACUGACAGAACAGAGAAAUUCUCUUGCAUUUCCCAGUAGAACGAAGGCUGAGCUGAAUUUUUGCGAGCAUAAAAGGGGAACGGGAUAAAAGGAGGGAGAAAAUCUCUCUAUCCACUCUCUACAAGUAGAUAGAGAUUUUUCUUCUCCCGUAAUGCUAGAACUCAGGCUCGCCCUAUAGAACUGAUCAGCAGUAGAUUCAGGACAGGCAAAAGGAAGCGCUAAACACAACUGGUAGUUGAUUUGCGGAGCUCACUUCCACCAGAGGUGGUGAUGGGGCACUGCUUAGGUAGAUUUAAAAGGGGGUUGGACAGGUACGUGGAAGAGGAUAGGUUGAUUGUUGGCUAUUAGCCAUUACAGUCAAAUGAGACCAUUGGGUUCAGAAGCCUCUGCUUAUCAGGUGUUGUGUGUGUGGUGGGGGGGUCAUGAAUGGGAAGAGGAAGGGUAUCCUGGGGUCUCCUUGGCACAUGAUCUGGUUUAUAUACUGAUGCCUUGUGAGGUUUUCUUCAUGCUUACAGUAAAUAUCAUGUCUGUAUUUAGAUCUAUUCCUGUGCUGGCACUUUAUUUUGUGUAAAAAGGGA